AUGACUGGUACUUCUCAAAGACACGAAAGGAAGCAAAACGCGGCAAGUACAAAUCCACAAGAGAUUAGUAAUGGUACUGCAAAGGAAGACAUCGUUUCUCCGGGAGUCAUUGAGUUGGUACAUCAUAAUAAACACCACCUUUUGUCCCAUUCUGAACUACCAGAUUGGCUUCGCGGAAAUGAAUUUUUAUCCCAUUUCCAUAGACCCCCUAUGCCAUGUUUUAGAUCUUGCUUUAAGAGUAUCUUUAAACUUCACAGUGAGACGGGUAAUAUUUGGACUCAUUUGAUUGGUUUUAUUGCGUUUGUAUGCAUCACAUCGUACAUGCUUGUGCGACCCGUCACUGAGGCUUAUCCAUUUCCUGGAGACUGGCGUGAGAAACUUGUCUUCAGCUGCUUCUUCGUGGGUGCAAUCUUGUGUUUGGGAGUUUCGUGGAUUUUUCAUACUGUUUAUUGCCAUUCAAAGACCAUCUCCAAGAUAUUUCGCAGGUAAGUUUGCCUGUAUUUCUGUAACUUAACAUGUUUUUUUUUCCACUGCUGAGCUAAGAAUUGGUCCAAUCGCUCGGAGGCCUGAAUUGGGCUCAUUAAGAAAUCGUAUCUUGAUGAGAUAUUGAUGACAUCGUUUUUCUAAGAAAACGAUCGUCAAAGGAAAUGAGCGAAAAAGAAGCCAGGGCGAAAGAAAAUUAGUCACAUAGUUGUUAAAGUGUCACUCGGUCAGUCAGCCCAUUAAUCUCCGUCAGGCAGCAGUAAGUCAGUCAGUCAGUCAGUCAGUUAACAAGUCAGUCAAUCAGCCUGUCAGUCAAACAAAAAUCCCGUUUUCAGUCAAUCAGUUAGUCAGUCAGUCAGUUCUUCAGUCCGUUCGUCCGUCAGUCCGUUAGUCAAUCAGUUAGUCAGUAUUUUUGGUCAGUCAGUCUUUAAGUCAUGUAGCAGGCCAGUCAGCUAUUUAGUCGGUCCACAAAUCAUUUUUUAGUCAGUUACCCACUUCAGUUAGUGUGCCACUAAAUUCAUUUGUUUCUACGAGUAAGUCUAGGAUGAUGUACUGAAAAUAAAUUCAUUUGAUCAAAUACUGAUGUACUUUGUUCCAUUUGCUUCCCAAGGCUUGACUACGCAGGAAUAGCAAUAUUCAUUAUGGGAUCGUUCAUUCCUCCGUUAUAUUACGGUUUUUACUGUUCGAGAGUUUUGAAGAUUGUAUACAUGUCAAUGAUCUGUUCUCUUGGUGUCAUCUGCAUUAUUGUUUCCUUGUGGGACAAAUUCAGCGCGCCCCACUACCGACUAUUGAGGGCAGGUAAAUAUGUCGUUCAAAGCUCAAUUAAUAGAGCAGUUUUCAAUUGUAUGUCCUUAAACCAAAAUAAUCACAGUGACCAAUCAAAACAAAGGUUUACAUCAUCAUUAGCCGAUGAGAACUCAAAGUGAAAACAAGCGGGAAAACGCGAUUGUUUCAGUUUUGCAUCUGAUUGGUUAAAUGAUGGCACUAGUUUUUUAGACCAAUCACAGAGCAGAGUUGAGUAAAACCAAUGCAAUCCUAGAUUACUUUCGACACUCCAUUGAAAAUCUAUAAAACUCACGCUUCCUUGCUUUGCCAUGAUCUUUCUCUGAAAUGAACCCUGCAUUGAAAACUUUUAAUAUUCAAUUUUUAUGGAAACUUAAAAAAAUAGUAUCCUUUUUUCGUUUAUAUCAUUAUUUCAUACGCAUUCGCACUACAACUCCAAAUAAAACCAUUAUUUUAUAUAUCCAAGCGGUCACUUAAUACCUGUUUUCGAAGAUAUUUCUCUUAGUCUUAUUCUUUAACCAUAUCUAUUUACAAUAACGAACUCAUCUCAAAAAAGGAAGUUCGCCAUUUUGUUAAUGCGUGUGCUAUUCAUGCACAGUUGGAAAUGCACAGAGUAAACAUAAUUUCAUUACGCAUAUUAUUUUCUUUCCAGGUAUAAUGCUUUCAUUUGGUUACUGUGGAUUUAUUCCUGUGAUACAUCUCAUAUGUUUAUAUGGAAUAACUUUAGCAUACCGGCAGGCAGCGGGCGGCUGGGUUGCUCUGAUGUGUCUUCUCUACACAGCAAGUGCUGUUAUGUACGCCACUCGAAUUCCUGAAAGAUUUUUUCCCGGCAAGUGUGACAUCUGGGUAAGCAAGCUUUGCGGGUCUUAUUAAUGGUUUUAUUAAAUAUUUGGUAGGCUUUUCAUCUUGCGCAAAGUUUAAUUUAAGCCACGAUGGAACUUCGGUUGUCAAAGAUCAUCAGGAAAUCAAACCUUCAUUAGAAUAAUGUCUAAUUCAUUUUUAUGGUAGAAAUUUGAGAUAAUUCACCGAAAUCCUGCCCUUAUUUCUCUCUAUUUUUUUUCUAUUUCUUUACUCAUUUUAUUCGCUAGCGCUCGAAACGUAGGCUUUUAAAAACGGUGGACAAUAUACAUUAUCAACUUAGUUGAUAAAAUCAACUGAAUUCACCUUUUAAAACCUCUACCGAUGCAGCACCACAAUUUCCCUAGAAACUUACCCCUGUUAUUUUUUAUUCAGUUUCAGAGCCACCAGAUCUUCCAUUUACUUGUCCUGGCUGCAGCAUUUGUUCAUUUGUACGGAAUUUGUCAGAUGGCACAAUACAGAUUUGAAAAGGGACCUUCGUGCGAAAGUUGA